AUGUGGGUGCCUGCAUAUUUUAGAGAUCUUUAUAUGGGUGGUUUGCUUAGAGCAACAUCUAGAUCGGAAAGUGAGAACAACUUUUUAAAUUACUUUGUGAACAAAUUUCUUACAUUAGUUGAACUCCAAACGAGGUUUAAAAGUGCGAUGGAUGUUCAAUGUUAUAUGAUGCAGACACUAGAUAGUAAAUUUCUUGAAAAAUAUGCUUCUUGUGUCUACAUAAAUGUUUUUUUUAAGGAUUUUCAAGAACAAAUUCUUAGUGCACGCGAUGAAUGUGGUUUUGAAAAGAAUUUCAUUAGAGAUGGCAAGGAUGUGUAUCAUGUGGUACAUUUCAACACUGGUACAAUUUUUGAAGUUGUGUAUGAUGCACAAACAUUUUAUGUUGAUUGCUCUUGUAAGUUAUUCAAAAGAGUAGGACUUUUAUGUAAGCAUGCAUUAUGGGUUUUGCAUGCAAAAGGCGUUAAAAAACUGCCAAAACCUUACAUAUUGAAAAGGUGGACAAAAGAUGCUAGCAAAACACCUGUGUAUGAUAUUGAUGGCACAUUAUUUGAUGGUAAUAGUGCUAUGGAACCUAGAAAAGGGGUUUUAGGAGAUGUUUGGAAUAAGGUACAUCGAUGCAUUAGUUUGGCAGAAGAUGAUGAGGAUGAUUUGGUUGAACUUUUGUAG